AUGUCUACAGCAGAAGCAACAAAGCCCAACGAGUUCAACCCUGAAGCCCAAUCUUCAUCGCGCGCUCCCAACUCUCCAAACAACAGCGGCCGCUCACAAUCCUCGGGCGAUCACUCCGAUAACGACUCUGACGCCGCUCCUACUGCCCGCUCCCGCUCUCGCCGUGGCGGCCGCCGCAACCGCCGUGGGAAGAAGCCACAGCUCACAGCAGUGUCUGAGUCAGAAACAGACGGGAAGGAGCUGCAGCAGCGAAACCAGCGCGAGGAGCAGAUGCAGAGACAAUAUCAGCAGCAGCAGCAGCAGAUGCAGCAGAUGCAACAGCAGAUGCAGAUGCAACAGGAGAGUGGCGGCAAGAGGGAUAAGCCGUUGAGGCUAAGGCUGGAUCUUAACCUCGAGCUGGACGUUGAGUUGAAGGCAAAGAUUCAUGGUGAUUUGGAAUUGGCAUUGCUUUCAUAA